CGCAACAUUUGCGUUUUAUGAUUGAUAUUAAAAGUGCGUUUUCUGACCAUCUGAACAUUUUUAUAUCUCCAUCUAUUUUCAGAAAUAGGUACUUCUGAGUGCUAGCGUUUUCGCAGCAAACCAGUGAUGAUUAUCUUGCUGUAAAGCUUUUGUAAAUUGAUCGUUUGCUCUAGCUGGAAAAAGACGCUGAAAUAUAUAAAUUUCAUUGUGAAAGUGCAAUCUGUCGGUAUAUUCUUGUGCCUAACAAUAAAAUGCGUCUUGUUUCACUGUCUGAAUCGAAACGGAUGGUGAGCGAUGGCGAGAAUACGGUGAUAGAUUUUUGGUGUUAAAAAUUGCUCUGUGUCAUUGCCGUUUUAGAUUUGUACCAUAUCUAAGGAGGACAAUUUUUGAUUAAAAUUGACGUUUUCCGUGUUAAUAUUGCUAAAUCUUUGAAUAUUUCGACGAUUAUUGUGGGGAAAUUAUAUUGUCAUCGACUGACCGGCUGAUAUUACACGAGGCUUGUAUGUAUAUGUGACUUCUGCCUUCUGGUAUUAGUGACACGCCUCAGAAAAUAAAACAUAAUUUUGUGAAUGGAAUUAUUCUAUUUAGUUAUUGUGUCGUUUUGGUGAUCAAGACGGUUUAAAAUUACGUAACUGUUGUGGAUUCUUAGUGUAUUAAAGAAUGGCCUGAGUGUGACCACUCCAUUACCGUCAUGUGUGACGAAGGAAUGUUUGUUUAGGCUUUAAUAUUUUGCUGCGACUUCGCCCCAAGUGCGCGUUUGAUACCUACAUCGGACUGGAACAUGAAUUUAUCCGAAUCAAAACAAGAUUUGCAUUGAUCGUUCUCGACCGUUUGUCACAUCGGACACUUUUAUACUAGCAAAAUGUCUUCGGGAACGUUUGUGGAUAGGAUUGACCCUUUCGCGAAGCGGUCGCUGAAGAAAAAGACUAAGAAGUCUCAAGGAUCCUCGCGCUACCGCAACACGCAGGAUGUCGAGCUCCAGGCUCUGCCUCUCCUAAAAGAUGUUCCAAGCAGUGAGCAGGAGGAACUAUUUAUCCGUAAACUGCGACAGUGCUGUGUGGCUUUCGACUUCAUGGACCCCGUGGCCGACCUGAAGGGGAAAGAGAUUAAACGUGCUUCACUAAAUGAGCUUGUAGAGUACAUCACUGGUGGCCGUGGAGUUCUCACUGAACCAGUCUAUCCAGAGAUCAUCAAAAUGAUAUCGGCCAACUUGUUCCGCACUCUGCCACCGAGUGAAAAUCCUGAUUUCGACCCAGAAGAGGAUGACCCGACAUUGGAGGCUUCGUGGCCGCACCUCCAGCUAGUCUACGAAUUUUUCCUGCGCUUCCUUGAGUCCACUGACUUUCAACCUACUAUUGGCAAGAAAGUCAUUGACCAGAAAUUCGUUUUGCAGCUUUUAGACUUGUUCGACUCGGAAGACCCGCGCGAGCGUGACUUCUUGAAGACUGUGCUGCAUCGCAUUUACGGGAAGUUUUUGGGCCUCCGCGCCUUCAUACGGAAACAAAUCAACAACAUCUUCCUGAGAUUUGUCUAUGAGACAGAACAUUUUAACGGUGUGGGUGAACUUCUAGAAAUAUUGGGAAGUAUAAUAAACGGGUUCGCUCUGCCGCUGAAGAGCGAGCACAAACAGUUCCUGGUGAAGGUGCUGCUGCCGCUGCACAAGGUGAAGUGCCUGUCGCUGUACCACGCGCAGCUCGCCUACUGCGUGGUGCAGUUCCUGGAGAAGGACGCCACGCUCACCGAGCCCGUGGUGCGCGGCCUGCUCAAGUUCUGGCCCAAGACCUGCUCGCAGAAAGAGGUUAUGUUCCUUGGUGAGAUUGAGGAGAUUUUGGACGUUAUUGAACCAGCACAAUUUGCUAAAAUCCAAGAGCCACUAUUUAGACAAAUUGCAAAAUGUGUAUCCAGUCCACAUUUCCAGGUAGCGGAACGGGCAUUGUACUACUGGAACAACGAAUACAUCCUGUCGCUGAUGGAGGAGAACAACCAGGUGAUCAUGCCCAUCAUGUUCCCGGCGCUGUACCGGAUGAGCAAGGAGCACUGGAACCAGACCAUCGUGACGCUGGUGUACAACGUGCUGAAGACCUUCAUGGAGAUGAACUCCAAGCUGUUCGACGAGCUCACCGCCAGCUACAAGGCGGAGCGGCAGAAAGAGAAGAAGCGCGAGAAGGAGCGCGACGAGCUGUGGAAGCGGCUGGGCGAGAUGGAGAUCGGGCACAAGCGGCAGCAGGCGGUCGCCGGCGCCGCGCUCGCCAACUGAUGUCCCUCCGCCUGCUAGAUAAUGCGAUCCAUUUUAUUUUCACUUAUGUAUUCAUAUUUUCUAUUCGAUUACAUUUUUGUUAAUGACGUUAUUAAUUUUUUAUACCUCUAAUGAUUCGUUCGUUCGGGCGGAUCCACCGACCGCUCCGCUGGCCGCUCCCCGCGUCCGCGUCCCGAAUGCACCGUCAUUAUUGUACUAGUAUUUUUGUAUUCGUUUACGUAGGAUAUUACAUAGAUUACUUUAGGAUUUUUAAUAUUGUUAAAUUGUUUAAUAAGUUAAAAGUUGUAUGUAUUAUUGUCGAUGCGUGAUCGUUUGUAUUGCAUUUUUGAUCACCGAUAAUUGUAUUAAUCGGGCACCGGCUUCCGGCUGAACAUGUUUGUACAAAAAAAAAACCUAGAUAAAUUGGUAGGUGUACUUCGAGUAGAGCGCGGGGCGGGCGCGGCGCGCGGCGCUGCCCUGCGGCGCGCCCGCUGCCACUAUGUUCUAUGGAAUUAUGUUUAACUAGACGCUGAAUACAGAAAUGUUUUUCGAAGUACUAUCAUUUUGUAUAGAUACAUAGUGUAAAUAGGCAUUUAUUUAUUAUAAAUUUAUAGCAGUGUGAUUUUUAUACAUAGCUGCGGGAGUGGGACACGACGGUCGAACAGCGAACCGAGAAUAUUCAUGUAUCGCGCAUAUGGCUCGGUGUCCAACUAAACUGUAACGGAUCAUAUUGGAGUAGAGCGAUGCCGUAGUAGAUAUAAUAAUUUGUAAGGAAAUAGUCAUUAAUUUGUAUGAUAUUGCUGUAGCUAUUAAUUUUUCUAUCAUCACUAGUAGAGCGGCGCGGACGGUGCCCGCCCGCGCCUCUGUAUAUAGUAUGUACGACGCGCCGCCCGGGCCGCGGCCGCCCAGCGCCUGUAUGUAUGUACACUAUGGACAUGUUUGUUAUGUAAAAUGUAUUGACAUUGCAAAUUAUAAUAUGAUCUUAUAUAUGAAUUAAUAUUAUAGUACACAGUAUGGAAAUAAACAGUUGUCUCACAGAACCUCUCUUUAACCUGUAGCGAGCGAGCAGGCUCCGCCGCGGUCCUCCGCGCACGGCGCAUACUGCGUCACGCAUAUCGCAUACACGAGCCAUUUCAUUUCUGUUCUCUUUACAAUAUUCGAAUACAUUUGAUUUAUAGUCUAUUUCUUUUAAUAAAAAAUAUUUUUUAUGGUUAUUAAUUAUUUAGGUUAACGUAAACGAUAAUUGUGUUGUAAAAUAUGUGUACUUGGGUAAAAAUAAAAACACAAAUAUAAUGAAAACUUUGAUAAUUCUUAUACCACAAAACUGUAAGAAAAUAAAUCUAAUUCGUAACCAUUAGCGCCGAGCUUACUUGAGCUUACGUUUUACUUAUUUUCGAAUCCGUGCGAUGACAUUAUGAAGUUGAAAGUAAGAAUUUUGGAAACAAUAUACAACUGAAUUUUAUACAUAACAAUAGCAGUUAUAUUCAGUUUAGGAUUAAUUUAUUUGUUUAAUUUUCUUUUGAUUUUUUUUCCUUUAUGAAUUCCUUAAAGUAUGUACAAGUGCAUUUAAAAACUUGUACGUACAUGAAACUACUAUUUUAUGAAAGGUAGUUUAUAAUGUAUAUUGGAAUGAACGCUUCCUUACCAUAGUAAUUAAAUAAAAAUAAUAGUCCUGCUUGUUUAUGUCUGCGAUACAUAACAAACAAAUCUAGAAUAACUGUAAUUUAUCAUCAUAAUUUUAAUUUGAAGUUAAGACUAGUUCGUCACAUAAAAAAAUCAAAAAUUAAUAAUUGCUAAAACGUGAACGGAAAAAUGAUAAAAAGCAGUAGCAUAAAACAUACAUUAUUGUGUAAUAAAUGUUAAUUAAGGCACCUAUACCUAUAGGUAUCAACAUCUACAGAUAGAAGAUUUAUAAACAAAUUAAAUAAAGAACAUAAUAAAUGCUUAUUUAAAAGUAAUUAAAUUAAUUGAUUAUU